AUGCUCCCCUGGACUUUAUGCCUUUUAUGUGUGCUCUCAGUUCAAACAGUUGGAGGAAUUAAAUGGUUGUAAGUCCAAGUGUUGACAUUCACCCUUGUAACUUUCACAGUCUGGACACAGAGGAAACUCCGUAUAGCACUUUGGGUGUUGUAUCAUGCUAGGGCGAUAAAAUGAGGGCCAUUUCUAGUUUUCCAAUUAAAAAAGCCCCACGGUCGCUCUUUGAACAAAUAAAUAGUUUUUGUUAUUAUUUUUGUAGGCAUCAGUCAAUAAGGAAGUAUUCAGACAAAACCUUGAGGGUGAACAUGAAGAUGAGGCGCAUAUGCCCGCACUUUUUACGCCUAUCGACUGCCCUACAUUAAAUGAGCGCCAGCGUUGCUUUGCUUGCCCUGUUCAGUUUCUAAUUUAAGUGUAUCACCAACAAAGUGAUAAUACGGACGCACAGUUAGCCUGCUAUAAUAAAGUCUUAGUAUCACUAUUUUCAAACUGUGCUAAUAAAAAGUGUGGGUACAUGCCCCGUUGAGUUUCCUCAGUUACAUAAAUCAACUAGAAGGGUCCUUGCUCUUCAACCGCAGCGCUCUAUUUGUGGUUUUUUGAUAUACCUCUACUUAAAAAGAUGGCAAUUCAAAUGAAAUUUGGCGAAUUAGAUGUAAAAAAUUAAAAAUUUCCGUACUCGCAAAAGUGUUUCUCUACAUUGUCGGAGGGCCUGUUUUGCAGAUUUCCCACCGAAUGAUGCACUUACGACGUCUUUGAUUUCCUACGUGUUCUCCAUAUUUACACAUGAUUUUCUAUGUAUUGAGACUCGGUUAGCGAAUGCCUGUUUAUAAAUUUACAAAUGAAAAAAUGGAGUCGAAAUUGGAAAGUCCAGUUCCAAAAAACCUUAUCUUAUUUUACCACUUUUCAUAAGACAAAAUUUUAAGUAGCGCAGAAACCAAGAGUUUUCACAUCCUAUUUCACCGUCUAAGCUGGCUAACGGGUGUACUGCCCAGUCAAGGGACAUCCAGCAAUAUUUUCAGAAUGCAAGCUGAAUAGCAUAAUCUUUCUAAGUACAAUAGUCAUCAGGAGAAUUGCAGGUAUGAAAAGUUCGAAAACUUAAACUAUUAUUUCGGCGAUGUCGAUGUUUUUUUAUUUUUUACUAAACAGACUUUCAAGAAAUGUUAAAGCAGUUUUUUCUAACUACAGUGAGCGGCCAGUCUCAUGAAAUAUUAGCCAAAGUUCUGAAAUGCGUCUUCGAUUAUGAAGGACUACUUAGAAGGAGUUUCAGUACUGAUUAUUAUAUGACACGAUCCUAUGAUGGUUCGGACUUGUCAAGGUGUCGGUUUUCGAAUGCACUUCUUUUUGAAUUUCUGUAGAGACCGCACUCGGUAAAAAUGACUAUUUAGGUAGUAUGCAUUUUUCCCAAUGAUUUUUGAUAGUCUUAUAAAUUUAAAUAUAUUUUAUAAAAAACAUGCAAAAAAACAUCUUUCUUUCACUCGUUUGACGGAAAAUCAUGUUGCCUUUACAUUUAUGCCCGAAAAAGGUAUAUUUAGGUUUUGAAAAAGUCUCCCAAUUCCCGAAUAGUUUUGAGCCUGAUCAGUCGUUGCAUCAGCGUUUAGAGAUUUCAGUCUACAGGCGGCAUGCUUUCCGCAUGAGGGGAAUCAUAUAUUCCACUAAGCCCUUAAAAAAACCAGAUAGAGUCCAUAAAAUUUUGCAAUAAAUAAGAAUUAUGCUGUACAUCUCAUGAGAAUCAUUGGUAAAUGGACAGUUACGCUGCUGUAUGAAUGGAUUUUGGGCGGUCUUAAAAAAUCCCAUAAUUAGAAUCUUCUUCAAAAUCUUAAUAAUCCCCCGGGGCGGACACAAAAUGUAAAGAUAACGUGAUUUUCUAUCAAACGAGUGAAAGAAAGCAUGUUUUUGUGCAUGUUUUCCAUAAAAUAUAUUUAAAUUUCUAAAACCAUCAAAAAUCAAUGUGAAAAAUGCAUGCCACUUAAACAGCCAUUUUAUCGAAUGCGGUCUCUACAGAAAAUCAUAAAAGAGUAUGUUCAAAAGACGACAUCCUGGCGAGUCCGAAACAUCAUAGGAUUGUGUCAUAUUCUCAUCAGUAUUAUAACUUCACCUAAGUAAUCCUUCCUAAUCGAAAACGCAUUUCAGAAUUUCGGCCAACAUGUAUGAGAUCGAUCACUCACUGUAUGUGCUUGGCACAAUUUACUACUUUUUCCGGGUGCUGGUGUAUCUUAUGAAAAUUCCGCUCGAAAUCUUUUUCUCAAAUUCCUUUAACUUCUUAUCACACAUGCUCACGUAUCGUCGGCGUUGGGUGCCAUUUUCUUCAUAAGUAAGGUUAGUGGGAUAAAUCUCCCAAUUCGUACCCAAUGCUAGCUAGAAUGAUUAUACAUAGAGCAAUUCGCACCACUGAUUCCUAAUGACCAAGUUUUAUCUUACCAAAGUUGCAUUUUUCAAAAAUUAAGAGCAGCCAAACGUCCAAGUUUAGUAAAAAUCUCUAUUGAAGGUGCGGGUAUCUCAGCACUUUUAGUAUCACGGCACAAAUAAUGCACAUAGUUAAGUUACUAUGGGAACUGUAGACCCUUAUUUUUGCAAUAAGCUCUUUAGACCUUCGCUCCGAAACCAGCGCACUUUGUUUUUGAAAGUGGGACUUUUUGAUCAACCUAAUUGACCGAAGAGUAUGGGCUUUAGCUGCUGAAUAUUUUCAUGAAAUUUGUUAAAGAGAGACUGCCAGCUGAUGCAUCGCACAAGUAUUGUACUAUAAACGGUAAACCACAAACGAAGAAAUAUAAUUUUUUUGCGGUUUUGCCGGUUGUUUUCUUUGAUUUGUUCAAUUCAUUCAUAAAGGCUUGCUCUUGCCGUGUCGUCGUAUUUCAAAGUUUAAAAAGAUGCUUCAUCGAAAUAGAAUCACGGCUAAAACGUCACUUCGUUUCCAGCAAAAAGGAGUCGUUUUGAUUCCAUAUUUUAAGCAAGGGGGAAACUCCAAACGCUUUAUUUACAAAUGAAUUUUUUGUCGUACAUGAAAUACCUGUAUGAAGAUCAAGUGGGUCUAUUCCCUGCAUUAUUUUUAAUUUUUAAUUGGGCAUUUGCACCCAGUAUCUAUGGAAUUAUAAUUUCAUUAAAUAGUAGCGUGAGGGUAAUUUUUAGUCAGCCGUUUUCACCUGCGAAUGACAUCUCUAGAGCACUGAGUUAAAGUGUGAGCAGGACUUAGAGAACUGUUUGGCUUAACUUUGCCCUUAUUUGGAAGGAGGUAUUGCAAGACUAGUAAGAAAGGGGCAUUACUUGGGUCUGUUCGCAACUACUGAUGUCUGGGCUCCUUGUCAAUAAUGUUUUCUGGCUGAACUGAAGUUUGUAUUCGGCCGGUAAGCAUCGGACAAAAUUUUCUUCCAGCAUUGCCUUCCCACGGUUAAAGUCAUCGGACGGAAAAGGUCGGGGAUAAGACACAAAAGAUUUACUUUUUACUUUCGUUUUCUUGCAGGAAAUUAUAGCUUUUCAUGGUUUGUUUGAAAAAACGUUUAUGUUUUUAGGCAUUUAGUUACCACAUUUCGUUUUUGCAUGUUCCUAAAAUAUCAUUUUUUAAAUGGGCUACGUGAUUCCUGUGGAAAUAACUACAGGCUACCUCAUAUUCUUAUGGAGAUGGAUCUAAAACCCCGUGAAAUGCAUAUCUAGUCAGCAGGAUCAGUACACAUGCCGAUAGCAGUUUGAAUCAAGUACUGAUAAACUUAAUCAUGUCACCCUUUUUUGAUAACUAGACAGUUGUUUUUGUCAAAUAUAGGUCGGUGGAAAGAGAAUACACACACAACCCGAUAACUUUUAUUCAGAUGGACUGAAAACACGGAUCUCCUAACGUCCGUAAUAUAUUACGCAAACAUGUGAAAAGAUAUCUAAAAUGAGCAAAAUAACGAUUCCUUAAAUGUGAAAUUCCCUUUGUUAGUCGAAACUUUAUACCUGUAAAAAAGGCAAUGCGGUAGAUGCAGCGGACCAACUUGGGAGCUAGAUCGUAGUCCGGCAAUCCUCAUCGGGAGUGCGCACUCAUAACAAGUGCCAACAUUAUGGUGUCGUUGUACGCCCAUGUGCAGGCUCAGACCGCGCCCAGUGGGCUCAGUUCUAUCCCUUAUUUUUGUUGUGGUAUAAAAUCCGAUCAGUGUCCCUGUGGACUAGGAGCGUGAUGGUACGCCUAGGUGCGCGUUUUCACCGUUCCAACUACCUGCAGCCUCUCCCACUUCCGGUCUUCCCGACUCUGUCUUGACACCAGAUCCAGUUAGGGGAGGAUGAGAGAGUGCGAUAGAUGCUGCGCAAGUUUACUACCAUUAUAAAUGAAUUCACGCGCACGCCACCGUCCCUGCUGUCACAUUGCUGUAGAGUACACCGUAGGAAUCGCCGGUCACGAUGGCUGAACUGUCGGGUGGAAACUUUUUGAGAUUGGGCCAGUUGAUACAAGACGAUAAUAAUAAAUAGGUGAACACUCCGCUUUCCCCACCCAUUUCGCCUCAGUUAGUUACACCACCAGUAUACAACCAUUCUACCAAACCUUAUGUUAUCUUGCAGGUCUGAUCUGAAAAAGUGAAUGCACGCGUCAAAAAUUGGCUUAUUUUAUUUCAAACGGAAAUCUUCGCUGAACUGUGUUUGUAAUUGACUCGCCCUAAGAAGUCUAAUUAAUUUCAAAUGAUUAGUGAAACAUUGCUGCGACUGGUUGUUAUGGCACUAAAUGCACCUAAGGAAAGGCCGUAGUGCUACGAUAGAAAAACUGAUCUCGGCGUAUAUUCUACGUGCAUCGGUCUUCUGGUCACAUUCCAGGAGAUUUUGUGAGGAUACUUUAAAAUCCCAAACUGUGUAUAAUGAAUUUCGACACCAACUCCAUGCAAAAAGCGGACUAAUGGUUAGAUGAGAUUCGUAUUCAGUUAUUAUCGACUAAUAUGCUUAAUUUGUUGGCUCUGUUCCGUAGGCCACUUUGCAUAAAUGUUUCAUUCAGUCAUUAGUAAAUUAGCUUCGGAAGUUCGCAAUUACUUUUUGGAAGAACAAACGCCUAAUAAAGGGAAUGUGAAAGUGCAAUAAAAUGGUUGUACACGAAAGGUCCCGUCUUGCAGUUCAUUUGCUAUGUAACAAGUGGAUAUAGUGAAUCUAAAGUUGUUCAUUCAUUACCAAACUCCCUAACCUCUACUUUUGGUGUCUUGGACCAAAUCAGGAAGAUAAAGUCUCAAAACUUCUUAAAUACCCAAGCAAAAUAAGGGAAAGAUUUGUUUCAAACAGCUCAUGUGCUUUCUGAACCAUUAGCAUCCUAGGGGUCCCGUACAAGUUUUUAACUUGUAAUUUUAUUCUUCCCACGAAAUUGCAAUUUAAGUUCGCGUUUCAGGGGACAUUUUAUUUCACAUUUUAAUUUUACAAGACAUUUGUGUUUCAAAUGUCUUUAUUGUGACCUUAAUACAAGCACCUCUACGACUCAUGGAACUAAGGGCUGAGAAAGAACCUGCCAACUUUUCUGGCACAUUCGUUGAUGAUGGAGUUGGUGUCAGCUUAACAUUGUUCGGAAAAUCCACCAAAACUUCCGCUAGUGGCAUUCAACUUCAUCUGGCUGUAAAAGCAAAUGUCUAAAGUCAUUGAGUUCUUCCAAACGAGCGGGACGUUUCCACGGAAGGCUUUACCCUCAUGUCAGAAAUUCUGCAUUCUGGGAAUGGGGAAUUAGCGGUUAGAACAAACAAGACCUCAAUAAACUGAAGUGAAUCACACGAUGGCGCACACAAACACACCAAACCGCAAAUUCGGAGUUUUGGGAGCCACAAAGGUGAUAACAGCUGUGUUGCAAAUGACCGGCGUUUAACGACUUCCUUCUGCGCCUCGGGUGGAAACCAGGUCCUAGUCACAGACUCGACGGAGAGGUGGUGAAAAAAACUCAUUAUGGACUAAGAAUUGCAGCAAAAACCAAACCUGUUCUUCCCUUUGUCGGUGGCGUCUGCUAAAGUUUGAACUUACAAUGUGGCCGUCCGAACAAAUAAAUUUAAAAAUAAACAUCGGCACACUUGCUCGGAGGGAUGUUGAGGCACAGCAACAAAACAUAGGAGUGUCAAAGAGAAAUAUAAAAUAAGAGCAGAAGAUUGAAGACCAUUGGAAAAGUUUUUAGAGGUCAACAGGACACGGCACUUCACAGAAAGGGGAAAAAUCAUAAAUGGAUAGCUUAGCUCAUGACAUUUUGACCGAAAUUCCGAAAAGUGUCUUUGCUUUGAUGGGACCCCGACGGGUCUUUAAUAAAAAUUAUUAUUAGUAUUAUUAUUAAAGAUUACUUGGUUGUGCUCGCAAUAAUAGUUAUCCUGCAUUCUGUAAAAUGUCUUGUAUACUUUUUUAUGGAACAUAACUGAAUUCAUUUGGGUAUCAAGAAACAAUGAAAGAAAUAAUACCACCCAAGAAGUCAUUUUUGGUGAGCGUGGCGCCUGCACGCGGCAGAGAAGAAACUCGCGCAGAACCGGCCCACUGGAGUGACUGGAAUAUCUUAGGAUUGUGCUGCAGGAUGAUUAAUACUGUGACUCCAUCUAAGCAACCCUUUCUAAUCGAAAGCCCUUCGGACUUUCAGUCAAAAUUUCAGGAGGUAGGCCAGUUAAUGUAUAAACUAUCAGAGAACAAUACCCAAGCGGACCAACAUGAAAGCAGCCGAUGUGAAACGGUUCGGGAUAUCGAGGCUGGACACAGUAGCAAAUACAUGAUAUGCUAGGAAGAAGAUAGCGGAAAAAGAAAUAGAAGGAAGACGCAGCAAGAUAAAGAAAGUGUAAACGUGAGUAGGCAUGGAAAUUCCAAAGCGAUAUAGGAUGAACAAUAAUUAUGUUACUGGCAACAGAGGGAUACAGUAAAACCAGUAACUUGCAAGGCUUCUGACUUCUGAUGUAAGAAAUAGAAUAGGCUUGGGAUAGCUUUUUGGAUAUUCUGCGCGAAAAUGGGUAAAUAAGUGGUUUAGGUCUGACGCGCUCCAAAAAAGAAUUCCCGUGGAAUAGGAAAUUUGGUAUAACAAUGCUGCCCAUGUUAUUAUUUUGCAACAUAGCAAAAUAAAAUGCUCUUUUCCAAAGAACAGACAGAACUUCAUGUAAACGUUGUGAAAGAUACCAUAUGCACAAAUUUUAUGAAACACUGACUGAAAUAGUUGACGAUAUUUUUAAAAAUAAGAAAAGUCAUUUUUGUACACUCGGAAUGUUGAUUGGCUCGGAACACAAUCGAGUCAUCUCGAUAACCUUCUCAGGCUACUUUAUAAAACACUAAGUAGUUCAAGUUUUCCUUGAUAUUCGGUGUAUGAAAUUUAAAUUCCGCUUCUUAGAUUGUUUGUGACUUAUGUUAUCUCGUUUAUUCUUUAUGCAAAAAAUUAUAUCGUGAAAUAUUUGUACCUCGGCAGAUGAGAACUUGUUUCCUCAGACGUUCUAACAGCGAAGAAUUUUGACUGAGGCAGCCUAUUAAUCAGACAAUACAAUCCAUCUCUAUUGAACUAAUUUCCAAACACUAAUAACUCUAUGAACAGAGGCAAAAGUUCGAGUUCUAGGUGUACGUAUAAGCAAAAAAAGGAGACAGUCUUCCUUUCCUCUACUAAUAACUCUGUGUAAAGAUAUAACAAGACGUUGGCAUUAGAUUUGAAAACCUCGUCUCAGUAUACACAGAAAUAAAGAAAUUUUUGUGAAUCCGAAGCACGUAUUCUUCCGCACACCAGGUAUGUAUGGAAAAGGACUAACUUACAACAAAACGUGCAUAAAGAUAGAAAUUUUAUGCAUUCAUACUGGGCGAUGCGUUUAACUUAUAUGAGCAAGGGAAAUAGAUGAGCAAAAUGGACCAUACCUAACCAGUAAUCUUCAUUGUCACCUGCACACGUGACUCGAAAGAUUUUUAGACGAGUGGGAAGGAACGUAGAUUAUGUGUUAUUGGAAUAGUUAAGUCAGCCCUAAAUAAUGUUGAGUAUCUACUGUGGAUUUGCACCACAAAUGUAUACAAUGUGGUCUGCUUUUGAAAUCCUACCACCAAAGUAUUCAUCUUUUGAAAGCCUCAAUUCAUACAAACAUAUACAAAUAUACAAGUGCAUUCUUGGGUUGGCUGUCGCACCCAUUCUGAUGAAAAUAACGAAAACGUGUAGGUUAAAAUCAGUUGGAUUUGCAGAUUCGCAAAAUAUCGCCUAAAUACAGCGCAAUCACUUUUUAACUGUUUUGCUAAAUAGGUUUUAAGAACGUGCAUGAAAAUCUAACUUCAUUGGACCUCCAAAUCUCGAAGUCUGGGGUUUCGCAGUUCAGUUCUUUCAGUCCAAAUACACUUUAUCGGCUUAAGUUUAAGCCCGUUUUCCACAGAACAGUUCAACGUGCCAGUGCUGACCAGGGUAAUUCAAAGUAAUUUACUUGGUGUUCACGAGUUCUGCAAUCGCUUUAACAAACUUCAAAAAAGUACCACGUGAACUAAGCUGUGUUAUGAGGAUUCUAUCCGAAAAUGAAAAUACGGACUGCAUGUAAAAUACUGGAUUUUCCAUCCUGUCUCCCAGAUUAAUUGCACGUUGAAAAGUAGACUAGUGCUUCUGUAUUUAAAUCGCCACUCUCCAGUUGCCAUGUAAGUCACGCUGUUUUCGCAAAAUGUAUUCAUGUUGACAUUCAAAACCCCAAAAUACCUAUUUUAAGCCAAAUCAAUUCCGACUAGGUGCGUAUGAUAUUUGUAGAAGCCUAUACCGCUACCCACGAAGCAAGAGCUUGGAGAGGGAGAGUUUUUCCACGGACGAGUGUACGUAUGCCUUUUACCGGUUUGGCCUGGGAAAGAAGCAAAUUAAAUUCUGUCGCCAUCCUCGGCAAAGCUAUGCAAUGCACGCAGUUUUGAAGUCGGCUCAAGCGGUCUCCUACUACUGCCCUCAGAUAUUCAAGGACCGUCGAUGGAACUGUUCCUCUGUAGAGCUCCUUCCCUACACAACACCUGAUCUUCGGCGUGGUAUGUGUUUAUGGUCAUUCUUUCCUUAUAUGACUUUGCAUUUUUGCUUGUGUAGUGGUAAGUGGUUGCAGACACUAUUGCCUUGAUGUUCCUCGUCUAAGGUAAAGGUACUUUACGGAAAGCAUUUGUAGUACGGUACACAUGUUCAUCCUAUAAAAGUCGAAAAAGUUUAGAAAAAAGUUAGGAGCUUCAUUAAAAUCUUGGCGAAUUUCAGAAAGACCAGCCGUUCUCGCCUUAGGUUCUGGCGCAUUCCCUGGUUCCACACCUUUAAAUUCCCCAAGAGGACGGCAGUUUGGCAAUUUUUUUCCGCAGUCACCAAGACUAUAUCUACUCUGUUUGAGGUUGCAAGUUCUUGUUUUUCAUGUGGGACGUUCCUAUGUUCUGAGUUGAUGCUUGUUAAAAGGAAGUAGCGAAAUGCUAUUACACCCAAUCGAGAACAAGCUUCUGUCAGCACGAGACUUAAGUUAAUUACGGUGAAAAUUAACAGCCAAAAAUUCCAGUUUCAAGUGAUGCUUAUCACUUCUUCGUCACCCACAUGCUGGAGGUAUUCUAUUGGACCAUCCAUUUUUCAUGUUCUGCUCAGCUCAUUCAGUUCUCUGUCGCUUUGAGCUGUAUGAGGAACGGUUAAUAACAGAAAUAGGGUCACAUGAAGCGGUAACUGACAAGAUGCAUUUCGCCAAAAUUGGCUAACUUGAAACCAUUUAUCAUUUGACGGAAGCAAAUUUACUUUCCUAUUUCACAGCAAAAACUUUCUACUACUCUCAAACCACCGGUUUGCGAACAUUUUAUGCUGUAAAUACCGCCAGUUUCGACCUAAACAGAAUAAAGUCAGCCAUCCAAAAUUUGGGUUUUCAUUCCUCCAUUCCUACAGUUAGCGUCCAGGUACUAUUCGUAACAUCCGGAUAUAAAUUUCAUUUCAAGUAUUUUCUGUUUUUGAAGAUUCUUCUGGGUUUUUAAACAAAACCGUUCAUUUUUCAAUAGCCAAAAUUGUAUAAAAAUCCAGCGCUUAGUCCGUUUAUUAUCAUUUCCUAUUCCACUAAAAAAACUGGUCUCUACGCGACCCAUUCGGCAGCCUCUGGAUGCCACUGACCUAACUUUGUCUGGCGACAAGUUAUUUGGCCUUUUAUGAUCCCACAGGCUGCAAUUUUAAAUUGUAGUAACUGACAGAAUUUUAGACUGCACCAUAUUUGAUUGUUGUUUUACUUAUGACUACAUUAUCUGGUUCGCUCUACGAUUGGGGCAUUUAUGUGGGAUUUGUAAUGUUUUAUGCAACAAAUCAGUCUUACCAUAAAGUAUACCACUGAUGCUUUGAGACGUCCGGCAUGAACAAGAUGACAACUUCAAAUAAACGCACAUCUCCUACUGACCCUUACUCCGUGCCGUUGAAAGUCUGCUUUUUAGAAAUAAUGCAAUUAGUUUCCAUAGGAUAAAAUUGCUACUGUGAAGUUUUUGAGCUGCGAAAGUGAAAUAAUGUGCUGGAAUUGAUUAAUAAUUCAGGUAAACCUAAACGUUUUAAUCGCAAUUGCUAAUUAAUGUCUAGAAUGCCAAAAACCAGAGGUAGUCUCUAGGGCUCAGAAGCCCGGCGUCCGGUCUCAUUUGGUUGCAUAUAUUGUUUUCCCUAAUUUGUCAGCGCACUGGUUCCCAUGGAAUUUGGAACGGACAUAGGUUCAGCAGACAUAUGAGGGAUACCAGAUCGAAUGAGAUAGUUUAUCACCUCAUUUGCCAUUUUAGAUUUUAGACGCACGACAUUUGGCCUUCAAGACGUUGAAGAUCUAAUAUAUCUUUGCUCUUUUUGUUAAUUCAAGUCGUCAUUACCUAGCUUUUAAAUCGAUGGUUUGACUGGAUAUCUGUUUGUACGGCCUAAGAAGGUUGGACUGGAUUUUUCAAAUAUUGUUCUAUCAUUCGAUAAUUUGCCGUCAAUCAAUAAAGAUGCUCGAUGAACUUCAGGCAUCUGAAAUGCCAAGAGUCUUGCAAAGGUUUCCACUUACAUUAAGCGAAGCAAACUGUUGCGUUCCAUAGGACUUCAUCAAGAUUCCCGUUGCGUUUGUUCUUCAAAAGAUUACAUUUAAUCAGAAAUAAAGCGGAUCAGAAUCAAGACUCUCUACAAAAUAUUGGCGUUUUUCUCGAUGUGACACCACUUGGCACGAGAAGAACUUGUUUCACUAUCCGAACUUACUCCCUGAGCAGUUGGCAUCAAACAUGUGAAAUAAAGUCCUGAGUUUCUUCAAGUUCUUUCAAGGAACUACGCGCGCAUGUUACAUUGCAUUUAUAUCAGAAAUGAUGCACACUGUUCCUGAAUUGCUUGCUAAAUGACUUCAGACUGUUUUUGGCAUAUGUAAAUGCCCAUCAAACUUUUGAUUCCUGGGUACACUCAACAAAAUGAACAUUUAUGGGACACGUUGAUUUUCGGGACGUUCCACUUAUCUGAUGUUCUGCUAAAACGCUUGACAUGAGUUUUGCAAAUUCAGAAAAAAUGAAAGUUCGAUGAGAAGGCAUUUUUAAUAUGAAGGUCAGAACUCCUUUUGAAGGUGCUUUGUUGCUAAAGAUAGUUCAUGUACUCUGACAGCAAAGCUUCCUUCGUGGGACUAAAUGUCUUAUAAAUCGCCUCUUGAAGCACCGUUGAGUGACCGAAUUCUUAUUAAAAUAUUAAGAACGCUUGCACAUUUGUGUUUAUUUAUGUUUGUUGUCUUCUUGUCGGAAGCGCAGCUUAGUCUGAGUCAUUUUGUCAAAUAUUGUAUCAUAAGCUCCAGGAUGUACAUUCCAUAAUAAACAAUUUCUAUAGCAGGCAACCUUCAAAGGCAUGUCGGUUUGGAAGACAAGCAACUUGCAAAGGGGAUAUGUGUUUCGCUUGUUAACUGGAUUUUUAUAUUGACCCAUCUCUUAUAGGUCACAGAUGGUUUCAUGCAUACCUUGGGAUUAUACUGUAGCAUUAAUUUGCCGGAUGCAACAAUAGACGUUUUUAACGUUCUUAAUAUUCCAAUUGAGGCCUUAAAACAUUUUUAUAUGAUACCACCUACUCAUUGUGAACUUGCAGUUUAUGUGAACGGUGAACUAGUUAGGCGAUACAGCGUUCUGCAGGUAUGGCAGAAAAAGCCGUAAAUAUGAAGAAAGUCCUGAAGUGACAGUUUUCGAUGAAAACUUACAGUCAGUGACCGAUCGCAUGAAAUGUUAACUGAAAUUAUGAAAUAUUUUCGAUCAGAAUGGAUUACUCAAGAGUGGUUGUAAUAUGAAUUACCUUAUAGCACAGUCCCGGGAUGUUUCAGUCACGGCAGGAUGCGGGGUUUUGAAUGCAUCCCCUUCGGCUGUCUGAAAAUACCCACUCGGUAAACAAUGACUGCCUAUGUAAUAUACAUCCUUUCCAUCAGUUUUUGAUGUCCUUACCUAUGCAAAUAUAUGUUUUUUGAAAACUUGAUCAAAAUGCGCUUUUCCGGACUCAUUUGAUGGUAGCUUAAGUCUUCUUUAAACUUGAUACCGAAUAAAGGGUGUUUUUUGGUUUUAAAAUAUAAUUAUGAGGCAUUUGUAGACCAUGAAAUGUCCAUUCAAACAGCAUUGUAUCUGUCCAUUUGUCAAGGCUGCUUAGGAAGUAUACAACAUAGCCUGCACCUAUUGCAAAGUUUCGCGAUUGCUGCAUGAUAUCUUCUUGGUGGCGUAGGGAUAUGCGUGACUCUCUUUACAAGGAGAGUAUACAGUUUGUAGACUUAAAACGCUAAACGCAAAUGCAACUAGAGAGCUUGCUAAAAAGUAUUUGGGAAUCUAAAAAGUUUUUUAAGACCUAAAUAUGCCUUUCUUCAAUCAAAAAUUAAAGAAGUCAUGAUUUUUUACAAACAAAGAGAAGAACGCUUAUUUGGUUUAUGUUUUCGGUGAAAUAUAUCUGAAUUUAUGAAAAUAUAGAAAAUCAUUUGAAAUGCCUACUACUGCUACUUAACUAGUCAAUUUUUACAGUGUGCGGUUUUUGCAGGCGGCCGAAAAGAAGUGGAUUCAAAAGCCCACAUCCUGAUGUAACUGGUAUAUCUUAGGAUUAUGUCGGACAAUGAGUAACAUCACAACUUCACUAAAGCAGUAUUUCCUGAUCGAAAACACAUUUCAGAAUUUUGGCAAAUAUUUCCUGAAACCCUCACUGACUGUAUGUGCCAUCGUCGAGUGAAGUUGUCCCUGUCGCUAUCUACUACUGCAUUUAGCACUCCUCGAGGCAUUAUUAUUCGUAUCUCCAUCAUAUUAGCCUCUGAAGAAAAGAUAUCAGAAAAUGUAUUUUUGCAGCAAUAAAAAUUCGUAGACCGGUCUAUGGUGGAUGAUGUAAAUACAACCGAUAAAUCCCCCAAUAUACCAUAAUUUUGGCUAUGACAGACUCCAUCCUUCCCAGAGCGGUAGUGACCUGUUCCGAUUUAUUACCAAGGAUUGCCAGAAAAGACGAGUGGGGGUCGACAGCAAUUGCUUUAUCAGCACUCUUGCCGGUCGCUGGGUUUACGACCACAACACGAGCGCCAUUUGAAACGUGCUGCGCAAACAGGUGUGUGUUGUCCAUUGCCAUGGCUGUGCAUGUGUAGAAGCAUAACCUGCCAAAAAGAUGCAUUUUUAGCAAAGCAUACGAUCCUCGCAACAAACCAAAUCAGUAUAAGACGUCGAGCUGGAUGGUCGUCCGGGAAUGGCAGCCCCAGCCCCGCAGACGUUUUGCUUGUUAUCCGGUUCCGAAAAGUCCGGCUCCAGGCGUGGAAUUCGGAGGAGGAAGAUUACAUCAGUGGUUUUUUUACCAAAAUACAUGUGAGGUUUAAUGAGACAGACUAACAAUCCGUUGCUUAUUGGACCAUCAUAAGACCACCUUGGCAAACGCUUUGUAUCUGGGGCGUGUCGGAAAAGUGGUUUUUCGGAAUGAGACUAUUGGUAUCAGAUGAGGAGAAAAGAUUCUUGGCUUCAAAUAUGGUGCACAAAGGACUGUCGUCUGAUGCUUUAAAUAUGAUUACAGGUGAUGAGAUGGAGUGCAUUGUGGGCUACGAGAUGUGUGAAGCAUUUAUUUAAGUGCUGAAAAUAUUUGCGAAAGAAAAGGGUUAUUUGUAGUAAGUUCUGACAAUGAUCAACAGAGUCUAAUCUCGUACUAGUUUCUGCCUCCAUGCGGGUGGGGGUUCAGUCGAAUUUUCUCACAGAAACUCCUAUCCGUCCUUCACGGAAAGAUUACUUAUUUGGAACAAAAAUCUGAAAUACGCCUCGAGGAUCAUGCAAACUGAAGUUUUCUCCUGGACAAAAUCCAGGGGGACUUCUGUCUUCUUGAACUUUUUUCCUUGAGACAGCUGAAUGUUUUGGUCAAAUACAUUUUUAAAACAAACCCUCUUCCAAGUUACUUGAUAUGCAUGUUAUCUGGACAAAAGAUCAAAUCUUGCAGCACGUUGCUAUGGUGAGACAUCCUAAUAUUUGUAAAAUAUCGAAAUACAUUUGUAGAACAUAGCUUCUUUUACAAAGCAGUUUAAGAAGGCUGAACAUGUAAUUUGAAGCGGAUGUAGCUCAUUAAAUACUUAAAUUUGUCCAUUUUCAAACAGCCUAUCAGAGCCUAUAAUGUUCUACAUAACGAGUAUAGGUGCAACACUUCUUGUCCACAAUUUCGACACAAAUAAUCAGAAAUCAGCGGAAAAAUUAAACUUAUUAGCGGUGGUUUAGCAAUAAGUUAAAACAGCAGGGAUUGCUGAGAAUACUCUUGAUCGUUCCUGUUCUGCUUAUUAAAUGUUACUUGGAUCGCUUUUACAUCUUUGCUUUGCGGUUCUGGCCAAUGUUGCUUAAUAUUUGGCCCAUACAGUCUCGUUAAGAAGACUUUGUCUACCUCGAACAAUUUUGUUGUCAGCCCUGUUGACUGAGCUGUCAUUGUUAACUCGCAAAGGAAUUGCUGGGAAACUAGCGACUGCAGGCUACGUAAAGUUCCUUUUAGCUUUACCAUUUAUUAUCGUGCUAGGACGAACUCUACAAAAACGCGUUGGCCUCUUUCGUCUUUAGGUUACAACCUUUUCCCUUAUAGUCCCAAAUAUUCUGGGUAAAAUGCUUAUUUUGAUGAAAGAAAAGUGAAUACAGAUGCCUACGGAUAUAUAGUAGAUGUGCUAUUUACGAAACGUUAACCGAAAUUCCAAAAUGUAUUUUUCUUUGAAAGGAAUACUUAACCAGGGUUACAAUAUUAGUUAUCAGACAGCACAAUCCUACGAUGUUUCAGACAUAGCAGAACGCCGGUUGUUGAACGAACUUCUUCCUGACCGCUUAUCCAACCUACACUCUGCAAAAAUAAAUACUUAGUUACUGUGAAUUUUUCACGUUGAUUUUCGAUGCUCCACCAUAUACAAAUAUAUUUUAUAAAAAACAUGCUCUGACAUAUUCUUUCUUAUACUCACUCAGUAGAAAAUUACUUCUUCUCCAAAUUUUUUAUUUGAAGAAGUAAUGUCUUUUGGAUUUAAUAAGUUUCUAAUUGGGAGAUGUUUUAAGGCCGUGAGAUGCCCAGUCAUACAGCGCCGUAUCAGCACGUUACUUAAUGCUGCUUAUAAAGUGAACAACAUGAUCCACAUCCAUUAGAAAGCGUUAUGAGCCCUAUAUGGCAUCUUUCUAAUAAUGCAUAGAAAUAUGUGAUUUUAUUUACACGGAAGGUAUGCAGUUUGUGGUUCGGGAACCCUGGAUGUAAGUAGAACGUCAGAUCCGAUUUAAAUUAAUAGGGAAUUAAAAGAAGUCGCAUAAAACCAAGUGAUACUCCAUCUUCAAGUAUAAAAGUUAAAGAGGACAUACUCUGCUGUCAAAUAAAUAGAAGAAUACUUUUGUAGUUUUUUUCCUACAAAAUGUACCCGAAUUUAUUAAGACAUUGAUAAUCUAUAGAAAAAUUUUACGUUACUUAGGUGUCCACUUUUUAUAGCGUAGAUUAUGCAGAUGGUCGAUAAGACGCUCCUUUGGGGGAUCGGCCUCCUGAAGUGACUGCAAUGUUCUGGGAUCUUACUACAUGAUAACUUAUAUGAAGACAGUAAUCAGGGCAUUUUUUCGAAAUGAAAGCACGUUCCAGGAUUUAGGUUAACAUUUCAGGAGAUAACAUAUCUACUGUAUUAAUGGCUUAUUUGCUACCACCAGUAAACACUACUUGAAAAUCAGGUUGAGAAAACCGCAUUAUCUGAACCGGAAACUGGUUUGUCCCUUAAGUUACUGCGGCAUAAUUUAGGAAGUAGGUUAGCGUUGCCUCGGUCGCGAGAAGAAAUAAUUCAAACCCAUAGGAAGUGCAUUGACCGAUUUAGCUCGAUUUCGGGGUUGAAUAUGGGUGUGCCAUUGUGUUCUGAAUUUACCGUCUUAAUGCUUUGCAGACGGUUGCAAAAUCAUCGGACCAGAACGGGGAAAGUUGGCACAGUUUGUAAUCACUGCCACUAAAGAGCAGAUCGCAUGGCUCAUUUUAUGCAAGUUCACAUAUCAGCAAGCCCCCAAACGGAUGGGUUUUCAGGCGGUAAACAUUAUUUAAAUGAAUUUUUAGGAAGACCGAUAAAGACUCUGAGCAUUGGUUUAAAGCACAUGGGAAUCGCAUUAAGGUAUAUGCGGUUUUAUGUGAGCAUUAGUAAUAAUUGAAGAAUAAAACCUACUCCAGCGCGAUUGUUCCCGAACACCGUUUUCAUGAGCGGCUGGAACAAAUUGCAAUUUAACGUAGGCUUGCAAAAGUGUAAAAAAUAGUCCCAGCUGGUGGUCUGUGUAUAGCAGUCUUCCAUUGGAGGCACUUUUAGAGACUUAAAACAACAUUAUAGGAUUUAAAGGCCUUCUAAUUCCAUGAUUUUUGACCAAGAACCUCUCUAAUUUACUGAUUUUACCAAGAUCUUCGCACGUUUGAUUGGUCUAGACAAUCCAGGUUGGCAGAAUAACUUCGUCAUUUGAUUUUGUGCAUAGUCACAGUUCCCAGCUAAACUCAGAAUUACUUAUGAGCAAUUUGGACUUCUGCGCACUUACUGGGAGAUCUCAUUGGUCAAUAGAUAUGAACAUUCGAUCCAGAUCUUCCUGGUCAAAAGCACAGUCCGUAAUCUGGCCUAAACUCUUCCAGUCGUCAGCAGACGACUGUUAGGAAGUAAUUCGGGCAGCCAGAGCACAGACCUUUGCGGACUGGCAGUCAAGGCGCGAGAAAAUUCCUAUACUCUGGAGAAUCCCCUGUCUAAAGAACUACAGUCAACCCAUAGCGAUAGCUUCUUACCUACAGGCUGAUUGGAUAGUGUUUAAUUCGUCCAUUGACUUGGCUUGAUGUCGUUUUGCUGUUUGCCGGUAUUUCACAAAUUCAUCAAAUUCUGUCCCCAAGUAAAAGCGGCAUCUGACGUUUAGACAACUGUUACUUUACGCCGUUUCCCACGAUACUAUUCUGUAGUGAUGUUAACGGAUAUUGUUUUCGUCGACAUAAGUGUUUUGAUGCCUUUUAAGGUGUCGGUAACAUUCUGUUGAUAUAUUCUAUAGUGCUCGCCUGAGAAUGUAAAGGUUUCACACCUACAGUCUCGUUUGUGAUACGCGUUUGUAGCCGACCACCAUCAUCGAAACUGUCCAGCUCUGUUUCGGGGUUAGCAGAAUUGAGAGUUGAGUGCCAGCACCACCGCAGGUACCUGCUGCAAAAGUCCUCUCAGCUUAUUCUGAACCCACUGACCCGCAGUCACUCGACUGACUUCUGCUCCGCCAGAUGUGCAUUAAGACACGGUCCCAGCCGUCCAGGUGUCGCGCUCCUUGGUAAAUGCAACCAUCAUGUCACAUAUGUGUAAAAUGCGUGGACAUCACGGGUACUCUCUCGGGUAUGACUUGGCCCUGUCAACACGAGCCCUGACCUCGCCAGCGACCACUUCUGCCUGAGACGACUACUCGGGCCUCUAUACUGAGUACAUCUCGCAUUCCGGUCAGUUCCCUCUUCUAUCGGGGUCUCCGGUGAGGACCGUGACGUUUAGGCUACACUCAAGCCACCCUACAUUCCGGUGGCGAUAACAGUUUACAGUUAAUCGGCCGAUUUAUUGAACUUUCUCAAAUGACUCAGUAAUUUGCUUAUGGCCCAAAAUUUACCCGCGGAGGAUUGACCUCAUACGUAUGCUGUGAAUACUUUUCGCCUAACAGCUGCACUAGCAUGGUGUGGUUUAUAACGUAUGAUGCAAUUUUGCUCAAACACAGACGACCAUUUUGCGGUUAGUGCCGUUCAUCGGCAUGCAUAGGGGCAAUAUAUUAGAGUUAAUGGGCUUCGAGGUUUUACAAAGGACAAAAAGGAUGUCUGAUCACCGAGACAGGAAGCUUUCAUCCGAGAAAUAAGAAAAAUCUACGGCAAAAAGGAACAAUACGCAUUUUCUGUUUGACCCAGUCAACGACUGUUGUAGACUACCAACCUAGAACAUCUAUCCCUCUCCGUGUACCAAGCUCUACGAGCGUAUUUCAAGACGGCUUACACCGACUUCUGAGCGACCGAGACAGACUGCAGACAUUGUCAGUUUUCGUUGUAGCUUCUCCUAUCCCUAAUACCAAAUGUCUAAUGAAGUCCGCAGCUUGAAGGAAAAACUCCCAUAAAUGACUAAAGUUCCCUAUUCCUCUUCUCUAGUACAUUUAGACAGGCCCAUCCUAAUAAUGUUAUUAUUCCCGUUUAGAAGUUUGGGAUCAUAGUUGAAGGUGAAAAGCCACUUUUCCACGGUCGACUGGACCCUGGGUCAAAAUGAGGGGUUACCAAGCUAAAAUUACGAUGUUCGAUAUUGCACUCCCUACUGGUGUAAUAAUCCCACUGCCUGCGUCUGCGUCUACGAUGUGGGCAGUGCCUCUAGACGCCCAUUAUCAAAUUUGAAUUAGUAUUACUGUAAAAUCAGCAAAUAUGGACAGUUAUUUGCCAGGCAAACCUCCCCCACUUUACUAGGUGCAACACGUCUCCUGCCCGUGACAGGUUCUUGCGGUCUAUAAUGCUGCCAUUAACAAAUCGUCUAGGCAAAUCAAACAAAUGGAUGACGGCUGACAUAGGCUUUUGUUGCAAGCUAGUCAGUGUACGCCGUUUUUGUGAGAAAGGGAGUUUUAUUUAAAGAAAAAGGCUUUUUCGGCGUUUUUAAGGUUCAAUUUAGUCAGCGGACGAAACUAACGGCUUUAACUUCUACAUUAUACCCAUUUUCAGAGGAUCUAUUGACUAAAAGCUCACGACUUGUUUAUAUAGGCGCUGUAAGAGAUCGUAAAAUUAUGUCCCAACAUAAAAUCGCGUGGAAUUUGCGAGAAGCUGUUUGAUCAGUUUGGCAUCUUUUUGAAGCUCCAACUCUGACUGGUUCUGCUUGCCGGUAGUGGACGAUUGUGUGGACAUGUUGGAUGUAAGUGGAGUCAUGACUGUGGUAGAAACCCUUGUAAUCUAUUGGAAACAAGUGCUGUAAAAGCGAAAAUGUGCACUAUUUGAGUUCCGUCACAAAACUCAUACUGGUUUUCAAGAUCAAAGUUCCGAUUUCGCCUUUUUUAGAGUUUUUAUGCUAUCCCUUCCUUACAGUCAAUGUAGACAACCUCUUACAGAUAGAUGCCGCUUUUUUUCUCGUGUUUUUUUCAAAUCCAGGUACGCGUGAGCAGGCAGUGGUGUAUGCUCUUGCUAGUGCAACCCUCAUGUUUGAGGUGGCGAGACGGUGCGCCAUGAACAAGGUGGUCGGCUGUGAGUGCGGCACCGAGAACUGGGACAUCCCACCACAUCCACACAUGGUGGACGAACCACUGGACACGAAUGGGAAAGCCCCGAUUCAGUACCACUGGGGUGGCUGCGCCGACAACAUCCAAGUCGGACGCGAGUACACUAAGGCCUUCUUAGGCGUCCCGAGCGAUGCUCCCCCGACGCCACGACGGAUUCCGGUGGAGUAUAGAAGCAACCCCCUCUUCUCCGUGCCUGUUGAAAGGCUCCCAAUGCCCCUCCGAUUGCAACCUCGGAAGGCAACCAAUUUCAAGAAUGUCAUGAGGACAGUCAAUUUGCACAACUACAAAGUUGGCAUCAAGGCGAGUUCCCAACAGGCCUUUUGUUCAUACCUUCUGACAGUUUGUGUUGUAUUUCUAAAUACCACAUGA